AUCAGCUGAGAACAAAGGCUCUCGAAAUUGUAUGUCCUUGAGCAGUAGCCGGUUUAUUCGGAUAUAAUUCAAUUAAGAUGCCAAUGUGCGGUGGUGUUGGUGCGGCUCGCGAACCUUCUUCAGAAGAGAAAGAAAAACUUGGAAAACUGCUGGACAAGCAUCUGGAAACUCAUCUUGGACGUAAACCCCAGAAAUAUGAUAUUCUGCAAAUAUCUAGUCAGGUAGUUGCAGGAACAAACUACUUCGUGAAAGUGAAAGUUGAUGACACUGAAUACAUCCAUGCGAAAAUAUUUGAACCACUGCCGUGCCAUGGCACUGAAAUGACAUUACAUUCCAUCCUCAAGGAUAAGAAAGAGCAUGAUACCUUAACAUAUUUUUAAAUGAUGACUUUUGUGCUUGAUUUUAUUGUCUAAAUUUUUCAUCCUUGAUUUUAUAUAAUAUAAUUUUAAUGAGCUA